UCUGGCGGCCAUUACGGAUUUCCACCUCCCCCACAGAAAGCGGCCGCAGCAACGUGCGUGGCCUCUUUCGUCACAUCCGGCCCUUGCGAUCCAGGGGCGCAGAACCCGCGCCAUGAAGUGCCUGUUUGUUACCGUAGGGACCACCAGCUUUGACGACCUCAUCGCGUGUGUGUCAGCGCCCGACAGUCUGCAAAAAAUCGAGAGCCUUGGUUACAGCCGACUUAUCCUGCAAAUUGGUAGAGGAACGGUGGUACCUGAACCCUUCAGUACUGAGUCAUUCACUCUGGAUGUUUACAGGUACAAGGAUUCCUUGAAAGAAGAUAUUCAGAAGGCAGAUCUUGUUAUUAGUCACGCAGGUGCAGGAAGCUGUUUGGAGACUCUGGAAAAAGGCAAGCCACUCCUGGUGGUUAUAAACGAAAAGUUGAUGAACAAUCAUCAGCUGGAACUGGCAAAACAGCUACACAAAGAGGGUCAUCUCUUCUAUUGUACCUGCAGGGUCCUGACUUGUGCUGAGCAAGCCAAGUCCAUUGCUUCUGCUCCUGGGAAGUGCCAAGAUUCUGCAGCGCUGACUUCAACUGUCUUCUCAGGCCUAGACUUUGGGCUGCUUUCCGGAUACCUGCCUAAGCAGGCCCUUGUCACUGCUGCCCAUCCUCCCUGCACCCUACUUUUUCCAUCUUGCCACACUUUUUUCUCUCUCCCUCUCACCCCGCCGUACAAAAUGCAUAAAGGAUGGAAAAACUACUGCAGCCAGAAGUCUUGGAAUGAGACAUCAAUGGAUGAAUAUUUAGGCAGCUUAGGGCUGUUUCGAAAGCUGACUGCCAAGGAUGCCUCUUGCCUCUUUCGGGCUAUUUCGGAGCAGUUAUUUUGCAGCCAGGUCCAUCAUUUGGAAAUCAGGAAAGCUUGUGUCUCAUAUAUGAGGGAAAAUCAACAAACUUUUGAGUCUUAUGUGGAGGGAUCUUUUGAGAAAUACCUGGAACGGCUGGGAAAUCCCAAGGAAAGUGCUGGCCAGCUGGAAAUAAGAGCACUUUCUCUAAUUUAUAAUCGGGAUUUCAUUCUUUAUCGCUUUCCUGAACCUCCAACUUAUGUCACAGAUAAUGGCUAUGAAGACAAGAUUCUACUCUGCUAUUCAAGUAGUGGUCACUAUGAUUCUGUGUACUCAAAACAAUUUCAGUCAAGUGCAGCUGUUUGUCAGGCUGUAUUAUACGAAAUUCUCUAUAAAGAUGUAUUUGUUGUGGAUGAAGAAGAGUUGAAAACUGCAAUUAAAUUGUUUCGAAGUGGUUCUAAGAAGAACAGAAAUAAUGCUGUGACUGGGAGUGAGGAUGCCAAUACUGUCUACAAGAGUUCAAAUCAGAAUAGGAUGGAAGAGUGGGGUGCUUGCUGCAAUGCUGAAAAUAUACCAGAGGGCUACAAUAAAGGAACAGAAGAAACCAAGUCUCCAGAAAAUGCAUCAAAGAUGCCCUUCCCCUAUAAGGUGCUGAAAGCCCUGGAUCCAGAAAUCUAUCGUAAUGUAGAGUUUGAUGUUUGGUUGGACGGCAGAAAAGAACUUCAAAAAUCUGAUUACAUGGAGUAUGCUGGGAGACAGUACUAUUUGGGAGACAAGUGUCAGGUUUGCUUGGAAUCAGAUGGAAGAUAUUAUAAUGCUCAUAUCCAGGAAGUUGGAAAUGAGAACAAUUCAGUAACAGUUUUCAUUGAAGAACUGGCCGAAAGGCACAUUGUUCCACUGGCUAACUUAAAACCAGUUACCCAAGUGAUGCCUUUUUCUGCCUGGAAUGCUGUGCCCAGUCGUAAAGGAAGAGGUUACCAGAAAAUGCCUGGGGGAUAUAUCCCAGAAAUAGUUUUAUCAGAGAUGGACAUGAAGCAACAGAAGAAGAUGUUCAAGAAAGUUCGAGGGAAAGAAGUAUAUAUGACUAUGGCUUACAGCAAGGGAGACCCCCUCCUCCCACCCAGGCUACAGCACAGUAUGCAUUAUGGGCAUGAUCCUCCAAUGCACUACUCGACAGCUGGCGAUGUUAUGUCUAAUGAACAUUUUCAUCCUCAACAUCCAUCUCCAAGACAAGGUCGAGGAUAUGGGAUGCCCAGAAAUUCGUCUUGGUUUAUAAACAGGCACAACAUGCCGGGCCCUAAAGUUGGUUUUUACCCAGGCCCAGGUAAAAGGUGCUGCCAGAACUAUGAUAACUUCUCUUACAGAUCUCGUUCAUUUAGACGUAGUCACCGCCAGAUGAGUUGUAUGAAUAAGGAGUCCCAGUAUGGAUUUGCUUCAGGGAAUGGACAAAUGCCCAGGGGCUUGGAAGAAACGAUUACUUUUUAUGAAGUUGAAGAAGGGGAUGAGACUGCUUAUCCAACUUUACCUAAUCAUGGAGGUCCCUCUUCAAUGGUUCCUGCUACUUCAGGAUACUGUGUUGGAAGGCGGGGACAUAGCUCGGGCAAACAGGCUUUGAAUUUAGAGGAGGGCAAUGGCCAGAGUGAAAAUGGGGAAUAUCAUGAAGAAUAUCUUUAUCCUGCAGAGCCAGACUAUGAAACUUCAGGUGUUUAUAGCACAACUGCAUCUACAGCAAACUUGUCUCUUCAGGACAGAAAAUCAUGUUCUAUGUCUCCUCAGGACACAGUUGCCUCAUACAACUACCCCCAGAAGGUGAUGGGAACUUUUGUACCAGUUGCAGCUUCCUGUGCCAGUAAUGUUCCAGCUCCAGACUUAUCUAACUGUGAAGCAGUUAAUCAAGCUAUUAUUACCACUUCAGUUUCCUCACAGAAUGCUAUACAGCCUCUAUUUGUAUCUCCACCUACACAAGGCAGGCCAGUGAUUGCCUCGCCAUCCUAUCCAUGCCAUUCUGCUCCUACUCCUCAUGCUGGUACCUCUCUACCACUACCACCACCACCACCACCUCCUCCUCCUCCUCCUCCUCCUCCUCUUGAUGUGGGAGAGGCUUCAAAUUUACCACCACCACCACCACCUCCAUCUUAUUCCUGUGAUCCAAGCGGCAGUGAUUUGCCUCAAGAUACAAAAGUUUUGCAGUACUAUUUCAAUCUAGGAUUGCAGUGCUAUUAUCACAACUACUGGCACUCCAUGGUCAUCGUGCCACAGAUGCAGCAGCAGCUUCAUGCAGAGAAUUAUCCAGUCUAUACUGAGCCACCUCCUCUGGUAGAUCAAACUGUCCCUCAAUUGUACAGUGAGGUGAGGAGAGAAAAUGGCACACAGGCGGAAGCAUCAGCAAAUGGUACUUUUCCGAAUGCUGAUCCUACAUCUGUCCCUCAUGGAGCAGUCUAUUAUGCAGUAAUGGCAGAUCCCUAUGGACAGCCACCUUUGCCAGGUUUUGACUCGUGCCUUCCGGUUGUGCCAGAUUAUUCCUGUGUUCCCCCCUGGCAUCCAGUUGGUGCAGUAUAUGGUGGUUCUCAAAUUCAUGGUGCUAUAAAUCCUGGGCAAAUUGGCCAUAUUGCUCCAUCUCCCCCAAAUUCUCAUUAUAUACCUCAGGGUACAUAAGAUUCAGCAGUAUGAAGUAUUCUUGCACUGCCUUUUUUUUUUUUUUUUUGCUGUUUUGGUUUUUAAAAAGUAUUUUGUGUUAGUGGUUAAAUGAUGUAGGUGGUUAGAGUGUUUACUAUUAUAUUUGUCUUUAAAAUUAUUUUAUCUUUUGAUUUAAAAUAGUACUUUAAAAGGAUAUUAUUUUGGGCUGUGACUAGGGAAAUUGAGGUAGAUGUACAACUGGCCCCAUAUUGACCAUACUUCAUUGUAUUCAGCUGUUUUUCUGUCAGCCAUUUGUCAACUUUAUAUUAGCUGAUGGUACCAAUUGAUAAGUGAAUAAAUCAUAUAAAGUAUUUCCUUGGUUCAGAAAUCACAUCAUGUUAAACCAUGCAGAAUUGGAAUAACUUCUACUUUUUUCUAGAAAGUAAAACCAAGAGCCUUUGCUUCGGGAUAACUCAAAGAGCUCUUCAGGUUUCUUGAGAAUUGUCUGAACCAAGAUGCAUUCUGUGGUAUCAGUUUUGAAGGCACAUAGUGCUCUGCUUUAGAUUUAUCCCAUACGCUAUUGUUUAAUACCGGAUUUAUGUUAAGUGUUCUGUACAGUAUUGGUGUCUUUUGCAGUUAGUAGUAAAUAAAAACUAGCAUUUAAAAUUGCCAAAACGAGUGGGAUUUUUUUCUUUUUGCGUUUUCAUGGCAGCAAAGAGUACCAACAUUUGAUUGUUUCAACAUGUUUUGUCUCUGGCAUUCUGGUUGCAAAAGAAUGAAUUUUUAGCAUGAGCUGGUGGGGAGUAAUUGCAGGGUCACUUGAGAUGUUAUUUAAUUUCGAGUCAUUGCAGUGCAUACUACCAUAUCUAUGUCUUUUCUUCGGAGAAUGUUCCUUUUAUGGUGCGUACUACCAUAUCUAUGUCUUUUCUCUGGAGAAUGUUCCUUUUAUGGGGUGUGCGUGUGUGUGUGUUUUAAAGCAUCUAUAACCCUCUUAUGGAACUUUAGACUUUCUCAUUAUCCUAUACUUCCAAUAGUUGUUAUAGGGGCCAAGGAAAAACUUCCCCUUUGCCCUCUAAAGGUUCACUGAAAACUCAGCUCACAAAAGGCAGAUAAGAGAAAGGGCAUACAAAUUUUAUUAAUGUGUACACGGGAACCUUCAGAAUGAAGACCCAAAGUACAGGGGAAAUUGUCCAUUGUUAUGCUUAGGUUCAACAAAGUAUAAACAGCCAUAUAGAAAUAUGAUUGGAUAAAAAGGGUAUGAUCUGCUAAUGGACUUCAGUAGGAGAAACCCAACAAGGCUUGUUCAUAUUCUUGGCCUCUCUGAGCACACAUUCCUCCCUUCUGGGUGUGGGACAGGAUCCUCUUUGGAAUGGGGUGGGGGCAUCUUCUGACAAUCAAACCAGGUAGUUCAGAUAAUUUUUUAUGGCCAGUUUUUACAUAGAAAGGUAGAAUAAUAUUUUUAGGUUUUAGAAAAGCUAGAGUAAUAUUUUUAGGUUUUAUGGCUGGCAUUCAGGAAAAAGGGGUUCUGGUUUCUAUGACCCACCUUGGGGAAGAGGAGUUCUGGUUUCUAUGGCUAGCUUUGGGGAAGGAGGAGACUAAGAGACAGGACAGGAGGGCAGGAGAAGUUCAGAGAAACACUUGCUGCUGAGGCCUUCAUUCGAGGGUAUUUUUUUUUUUUAGUCACAUCUUACCAUUUUUGUUUUUAGACUUAACCUUGUGUCUCUGAAGGCUCUGAAGGCCUGGCUUCUCUUUGGCUUGCUGUGAGACACAUUUCAUCAUCCUUUUUUGCCUUCUCCCUUUAAUCUAUCUGAAGACCACAAGAUGGUCUGUAUUGAUUAAUUCUCCUCUGAGGGGCAAAUCAUCAUGAAUACUUUGCUCUAUGUCACCUAACAAACAGCUAUUUAAAAGAAUGAGUUCAUGUCCUUUGCAGCAAUAUGGAUGAAUCUGGGAACCAUCAUUCUCAGCAAACUCACAGAAGAACAGAAAAUCAAACACUGCAUGUUCUCACUCAUAAGUAGGAGUUGAACAAUGAGAACACAUGGAGACAGGGAGGGGAGCAUCAUACAACAGGGCCUGUCAAGUGGUGGGGGGCAUGGGGAAGGAUAGCAUUAGAAGAAAUACCUAAUGUAGAUAACAGGUUGAUGGGUGCAGCAAACCACCAUGGCACCUAUAUACCUAUGUAAUCUGCACGUUCUGCAUGUGUAUCUCAGAACUUAAAGUAUAAUAAUAAAGAUAAAAUUGGAAAAUUCAUUUGGCAACCAUGAUAGUAAUUAUUUCAAAAUAUAAUAUAUCUCUAGUAUUUAAAAAUAUGUAUAUAGCAUAGUAAAUUUUGAACAAAGAAUAAUCCAAGCUUUCAAUUUCCAGUACUGUUUGGCUGAAGAAGCAUAAAAAUUAGAACUCAGGCUCUGACUUACUAGCUGGGCUGGGAUAGGUAGGUCACUUACUUUUCUGAUUCUUAGUUUCCUCACCUGUAAAGUGAUAUGAACUUAGAUUUGUAGAUCUAAACUAUUAAAUUCCAUAAAGCCUCUUUUUAUUUUUCAAAUAAAAUUGGUUGCCACAAAAUCUAUUUAUAUCACUUUCUUAAAAGGUUAUUCAUGUUUGUGAAUCAGUCUCUCCUUUCACCCUAUGGCUACACCCUGAUGAAAAAGAAAAAUUUGAGACAUCAGGGCUUGAAGUGCUUGAACAGUUGAAGGUACUGGAGUGGAAUCCAUUGCAAAGAAGAUAUAUCUUCAAUGUACUGUUCUCAAGAUGAUUAAUAUUAGUGAGUUCUAAAUAAGCCAGUAUACCAAACGGUUCUGCUUCAGAAUAGACAAUACUGAUUGGAUUUGGUUUUUUUAUCCUUGAUUUUAAGAAGGUCUUACACUACAAGUUAGCGUCUUGACAACUUGAGAUGAACGGCAGUGCACUAAUGUUUUACAACAAACUAACUGUAUGUAUUAGUGUUUUAACUUCUCUGCUAACCUCCUGGGUUCUCAAUUUGUGCAGCCUACAAAUUGUGUUUUGCAUAAAAGUUUGUUUUAGUCAAGCUUAUGGAACAGCCCUUUCCCAACAUUUUUUUAAUGUGCUAAAAUUUCUGAGGUACACAGAUUUCACAGCAAGUGAUUGUCCUCUAUCUUCAGCAGUCAGUGGUUCACUAGCUUCUACGGGGUGUUUUUAGAAAGUUGUAGUCUUGAGAAUAUGGGUUUGUUUGGUGAGUUUUGGGACAAGCACAUCUGCCUUAGAUUUCUAGUUGAUUGGUUUUUAUUUCAAACUUAAAUGAUACUGCCUUGCCUUGCGAUCUGUUACCAGUUAAUGAAAUUUAAUCAUGAUUGGUAUUAACGUAACCUGAAAGCAAUGUGUGUACUAGAUUGAACUAAUUAUCAAUUGAUGUCUGUAUUUAUGGUCUGCUUAAAUCAUGCAAGUUCUCUUUGUUUAUGUAUUACAAUCAGUCUUCCCUAAGAAAUAAUCAAGGAGCCAGUCCUGGCUCUCCUAUUGUUGGGGGAGAGGUGAGGGUAGCCUGUGCUGCUGCAGCAGUCUGCAAUUGUUUUUGGAGGCAGUUCCUAGGUAAAAAGGAAGUGGUUUUUCUUGUGAUGAAAAACAAAACCCUAAUACUUAACAUGUUUAAUCACCAUAUAGGAUAAACAUAGUGGUAGAUUUCUCCUUUUUACGGAUUACCUCUUAAGUUGCUCUUGUUACAAAAGGUAUCCUGUCUUUUCUCUGCUUUUAACCAAAUUUCAUCCAUUUAGAAUUGUUAGGGAAAAGAAAUAUAUAGACACUAGUUUGUUUGGGACCCUUCCAGCCCCUUCCUGACAUAAAUCUGGUUACGCUAAAGGUAAAAAGCUGGAUAAUUUCUCAUAGCCAGGAAAAAUAAUUAAAUUCAUUUUUAUGCUUUAUAUAUUUAUUCUCAAAACUGAUUGUGGUUUUCUGUCUUGAUUAAGAGCAGAUGAAAACAUUGAGUUGGUUUUACUGUUGAAAUUUAAGACUGAUGAAUUUAAAACAGCUUUCAUUUCCUUAAAGCUUAUAAUCAAGGCUAACCUUUCAAUUAGCUUUGGAUUUAAAAAAGUAAACAAAUCAUGGUUUUUUUUUCUUAUGUGAGCAACAGACAUUCAGAACUUAGGCAGAUCUCCAUAGAUAAUGAUAUAGUCUAGUGGGGAGGGUGGAGCAUAGACUUAAUGUAGACUUUUGUAAAUCUGGGACAAAUUUAGUUCAUUUUAUAUGAAACCUCUUUAAAGCAUUUUAUAUUUACAUUUAUAAUGAAGAAUUUAUGUAAUUUAUAUAAGAAUUCAAGAGAACUAAUACAGGCUGAGCAUCCCUAAUCUGAAAAUCUGAAAUCCUCCAAAAUCUGAACCUUUUUGAGCACUGACUUGCUGCUCAAAGAAAAUGCUCUUUGUGGCAAUUUGGAAUUUUGAAUUAGGGAUGCUCAACCAGUAAAUAUAAUGCAAAUAUUCUAAAAUCCGAAAAAAUUUGAAAUUCCAAACACUUCUGGAACCCAACAUUUCUGAUAAGGGAUACUCAACCUAUAUAGCAGGAGACAACCUCUUGUUUCCCUCCAUCCUAACUGGAAUGUUUAGUUUCAAUAGGAGCAACUUAAUUUAGAACACUUGUCUUCUCUCCUACCUCAACGUCCAAUGGCAUUUUUCCCUAAAAUACAUUUCAGGGACAUGGAAGGUGCCUGUGUGUGAGAGAUGUAGCUUAGGUAAUGACCUCUGUGACUAAAACUGCUUUAGAGUGAUAAAUAUGGGAAGUGCUUCAAAAUAAUUUCAGGAUGAGUAUUAUAUAUGAAAGAACAUUAGCUGUGUGUUGUUGAAUAAUUAUCAUUGAAACUUGGGUUUAUUAUGCCAUUUUGUUUCAAAUUUUUAAUAAAAAACUGCCUUAGUAACCUGCCAUCUGGAGAGGAGAUGUUUGCUUAUGAAAUUAGUAUGAGUUUGGGUUUUUUAAAAUGUUGUCUUGAAUCCUGAAAAGUAUUAAAUGUAUAAGGUUGUAGAGAGGCUGUCACAUAGGUUCAUAGAUACCUUAGAACAUCUGAGUUUUGGGGAAAGUUAUAAAAAAUGGGUUCUUGAAAUUCUGUAAUUCUUAAUAUUCACUUGCUACACAUAAAACCAAUUUUGUUAAACACAUGACAUUUAUUUGUAGUUGAAACUAAUUGAGGUAAGUGAACCAAUUCAGGUUUUACUGUUUCAGUAAUUGUUUUCCCAAUAAUCACCACCACUUUUGAGUUUACUUUUUUUCUUUGGCCGCUGGGGGUGGGGGGAUCUUGGGAACAAGAAAAUCUGACUAUUGAACUGCUGUUUGUUUAGUUUUUUCCCGGUAGGUAUUUCUUGUCACUGAGUAGACCUUUUGUGAAGGGGGUGGGGUCAUUACAAACAAUAUUGAGGUUAAACUGAAUCAGUUCUUACAAAUUCAGACCAGUCAGUGAACAAAAAUGUUAAGAUCUAUUCUAGCCAAAUAUUGGUUUGUAGUAUUGAUUUAUUAGUGCUAUAUAGAUGGUCAGUCCCGUCACAUAAUUAGCAAAUCUUUCUUGCAGAACUUUUGGCUCUUUCCAAACUAAUACAGGUUUUUCAAAUUGUUUACAGAAUUGUAGAAAAAAUUCUACCCUAGUACUAGACUUAAACUAAUGUUUUAUUUCCUUGCCCUGGUAUAUUAGCUACAUCAAAGAGAACAUUUUUCCUUAAUAAAAAGCUAUUUUAUAUUCAGUUGUUUUGCUUGUUUUAGCAGUUGAACUUUGUUUUGAUUUUGAUUCCUUUUAGCUCUGCUAAAAUAGCUUCAACUACACAAGAAGUUUUUCCCUUCCUGGCUAUUUUGAAACAUGGCAUGGGGUUUUGUUAAUUUACUUCUUUUCCUGUACUCACUGCUUAUUUUUUCCAACCUUUUAUUAUAAAAAUCUUUUAAACACAGAAUUUGAAGGAAUUGUUAACAUCCAUAUAUUUACCAUCUAGGUUCUGUUCUUAACAUUUUCCUAUACUUACCUUUUUGAAUAUCCAUCUGUAAGUCCUUAUUUUCGAUGCAUUUCAAAGAAAAUUGGAAACCUAAGUACCGUUUACAUGUAAACAUUUCAUGCAGAUUGUUAACUAGAGUUCAGUUUUUAAGAUUUUUUUUCUUUUGAGGUAAAGUUUACAUGCAGUGAAAUGCACCAAUCUUAAGUGUUGGAUGCAGUGAGUUUUGAUAAAUCACAUACUUGUGAAACCAAAGGCCUGAUCAAGAUAACAUCACCCCCAGAAAAUCUCUUCAUGCUUCUUCCCAAAUUCUUCUAUCCCCAUUCCCCUAGGUAACCAUUCUUGGUUCUGAUUUCUCACAUAUCAUAGAUUAGUUUUCUGUUUUUCUAACUGUGCAUAAAUGAAAUAUGCUCUCUUGUGUAAGGCUUCUUUCAGCGUAAUGUAUUUGGGAUUUAUCUAUGUUGUGUAUGUCAAAAAUUUAUUGCUGAAUAUUAUUCAUUAUAUGAAUAUGCCAUAGUUUAUCUUUUUGAUGGACACCUGGGCCACUUCCAGUUUUUUUUAAUAUUAUAAAUCUUCUAUGGAUAUUUUUCUGUCUUUUUGUGAGCACAUGUUUUCAUUUCUCUUGGAAUAGAAUAGUGUCAUAGGUGAGGUGUAUGUUUAGUUUUUUUUAUAAGAAACUGCAGGAUAUUUUUCUCAAGUGAUUGUACCAUUUUAAACUCCCAUCAAUAAUGUAUGACAGUUCCAGUUUCUCAUUACCAUCAGCCUAUGGUGGUGUCAGUAUUUUAAUUUUAGUCAUCCUGGCAGAGGUGUAGUAAGUGGUAUCUAAUUUACAUUUCCCUGAUUGUUUUUCCGUAUCAAGCAUUUUUAUGUGCUUGUUCAUUUGUGUAUCUUUGUGAAGUGUGUUCAAAUAAUUUGUGUUAUUGCAUUAUAGGAGAUCUUUGUAUAUGCUGGUUGCAAAUCUUUGUCAAAUAUACUUCUUAUUUUAAUUAUCUAGCCAGUGUGUAAAUGUUAUCAUUUAUGUUUAAAAUAAUUAGGCCAGGACUUGCAGGUGAGUUAUUUAGCAGAAAGUUAAGCUGUUCUGUCCGAUAUGCUAACCAGUGCCCUGCUGGUGUAAAAGUUAAUCAGUAAAAUAAGACCAUCAAACUUCUAUAAUCUGAAUUAGUGGAAAGCUAGUUGCUGAAAAGUCUUGUGACUACAAAAAAAUCUGAAGAAAUGUCACCUGAUUCUGAAAUUAUUGCUCAAAUGUACUCAGAUUACGCUGGUUUAUCAUGACCAGCUUAACCUCCGUUUAUAUGUCUUCUUGCUGGCUCACAGAUUCCAACUGUUCUUUGCAAUAUGUAUCAUACUUUAAGUACUCAAUGAAGAAUUAUUAAUUUCCAGGAUCGAGGCUUCUAUGGUUUUUGAUAUUGUAAGGUAUAGCUUUGAAGCUAUUGGUCUCUUUACUUCAUCAUCUCAUAGUUCUUAUAAAUUAUUAUUAAAUUGUUAAAUACUAAUCAGCUUUGUUUAAUGAAAAACAUAAAAAUUAGAAUGUUAUUUAUUCUCAUAUACUUUUCAAAAUAUGUUGGACUCUAGAGGUCUGCUUAGUGUUUCUGCUAGGCAUAUUGCAUUGUGGAAUCUGUUGUUCGUAAAUGUUAAUAAUUGGUGGCUACAAAUGAUUACACUAAAAAAGGGAGGAACAUAACAAAUUUGAGUUGCCAUACAUUUUAGGGGAAAAAAGUAAAUACUUUAUUUUGUUGGUACUGAAGCUAAAAAUACACAAAAUGAUUUUAUUGUACAAGAUUCUUUUUAAUAUGUUAAGAUUGACACUAUGCACUUCUUACAGAAAGUGUUUAAAUAAAAGUGAUAGUUAUUUAAAGAGAUUUGCACUUCUAAAAUAGUCUUCAAAGCCAAUGCCAUUUACACAGACAAAUUUGGAAUUUUUCCUUUUCAUGAUUUUGCUCGAGAUUUAUCAUUUCAAACUUAAAUUUGACACCCUUUCUCUACGGUGAUAUGUGGUUGGGGCCGCCAACUAGGCUUAGAAGGUGAAUUACACAUAGCUUGUAUUUUCUAGUUUUCUCUUUCCUACUGCCAAAUGUUAGCUUGUAGCAGCAGACUGCAUUCAUUGUUUGAGUAGAAAGAAACUCCCAGCCCUAAUUUCAACCCUGUGUUUGAGAAAUCUGGAAUAAAUAGAAUCCUGUGAAGAGUUUAAUAUUGUUCUGCUGAACAGUACUUCUGGUGUGCGUUCCUAUGUUAUAAGAAACAAAAACUAAAAUGUCUUUGCUUGAUAAGGAUGUGUUUAUCCAUAUCUGAAGUUUCCUGGUAAAGUCUGUGUCUUUACUGUUGAAAUAAGAUACAGUUUUAUUUUGAUAAAGUAGUAAUUUGAAAAGUUAAAGUUAAUUUAUUGAAUUGAAUUUCCUUUUACAUUAAACCAUAGACUAAUGUGUUAACCCUUUGGGUUUAGAGGACUUCUCAUGUGCUCACACAAUAUUCAUUUUAAUGCCAUUGGUUCCAAUUAUCCUGUUAAGGCACUUGAGAAUUCUGGCUGCUUUUCCUGCCCAAGUAUGUUAAGCACAGUUAUCACUCCUUACUGGAUUACAGGUUACUUUGCUUUGGGUAUUUCAACUUAUUGCUUAAUCUGCUUUACAAGGAAGUCCUACAAGGUGUGACCACAACAUGAUGAGGCUAAACUUUAAAUACUGUGACUAGAUCUUAUACAGGGAAUACGUAAUCUGAAUAUGUGAUUUUCAAAUGACCUGAACACAUUCAGCUAAUUGGCUUCCAUUUUGCCAUUAGAGACUCUUUCCAUUGCUUCUGCCACCAUGGUUUCUUAUGAGUCCAAAAUCUUCCCCUCCAUUUUCUAUGGAGGCUGGUGGUUUUU